AUGGCUAGGAGAAGCUUCGUGGAAUUAGAAGGCCAGCUAUACCAGGAUCUUUUGUAUGACUAUAACAAAAUCCCGCGUCCAAUUAAAAAUAGUACUAAUGUUCUUACAGUAAAUCUGGGUGCAUCAUUAAUUCGAAUCAUUGACGUGGAUGAAAAGAAUCAAAUUCUGACGACAAACUUAUGGCUUGAGAUGCAAUGGAACGAUUCAAAAUUAACUUGGGAUCCAUCGAAAUACGGUGGUAUCACAACGUUACAUAUCCCAAGCGAUCAAAUUUGGACACCUGAUCUUGUGUUAUACAACAAUGCAGCAGGUGAUCCGGAUAUAACAAUUUUUACGGAUGCCCUUGUCGCUUAUGAUGGACGAGUUCUAUGGCAGCCGCCAGCCAUUUACAAAUCUUUUUGUCCGAUCGAUGUGACUUGGUUCCCAUAUGACUCACAACAUUGCGAAAUGAAAUUCGGCGCUUGGUCUUACACGGGUUAUUACGUCGAUUUAAAACAGCUACCACAAGAUCAAGUAAUGAGUGGGAUUGACAAAUAUGGACAAGAUGUUGAAACAAUGAAAAUAGGCAUGGAUCUCAGUUUUUUUUACCAGUAA